UGAAUUUAUUUUUUUGCAUGGUAACUUUGGACAGUUGUCGUUAUGUCCCCAGUACAGGGUGGUUCAUGUGCGGUGGGUUUAGCCGGGUGAAUGUGACACACAGGGCGGGCAGGUGCGAUGGGUUGGCCCGGAUGAUGCGGGAAGGAAGGCGUGGAGAGCAGCGCGCCGAGGCUCGAAAGGCGGAACGGCCGUCUUUGGUGGAAGUUGCGGUAUGACUUCUCAAGUUUACUACAGUAAUAGUUACGUAGAUUACGUGUUGUCAUACAGUUAGAACGACAGCGCGAAGCCUGUCCUAACCAGGAGGGUGGUUGUGGUGGUCACCGUCUGAGGGUGUGUUCUCACUUCCUUUCAUCUCUACCUGCCUCAAAGUAUCCUUGUGAUCCAAUGCCAGUCUUUCCUCAAUACCACAGACUUUGUGACCACUGAAGACCUCUCUUUCUCAUCUUCUAUGGAGUCUAACCAGGAGAUUACUCAGUGGUUAUCCAGUCUGCAUCUGCUCCAAUAUGCCUCCAGCUUCACCCGGGCCGGCUACUAUUCCCUAAAGGACCUCAGAGGCCUAACUGAGGAGAAGCUCCUUGAGAUUGAUCAAAUCCCUACAGGACAUCGGCGAAGGAUCUUAAGCAGCCUGGAGACCGUGAUGAUCGAGGAAGGUGGAGUUGAAGUACCAGUGAGAAGAAAGCCAAUCCCAAGGCCUAGACAAGUGUUUCCCAAAGAUGGCCAUAGAGGAACAUCUUGUCUCCAUCCUCAGGGCAUUGACAAGGAAACUACGAGGACUAUCGAUCAAGCGCCUUCCACCAGCUCUAGCUCCGGUUCCAAUGAAUCAUUGGAGAACAGCUCAGAAGAGCCCUCCUUCUAUGUAGAUGAUCCUAAUGAGAUUGAGUUUCAGGGAGAAAUGGUGGAUAAUGAAAUAUAUGAGCAAUGCCCUGUAGGUAUUAUGGAACGCUCUAACCCAAGAGGAACACGUUCAUUUAAACUGCGACAUAGGCCUGUACCAGAGAUACCUGAAAAUACCUUCAUACCUCCUUAUGAUUGGACUGUGGCAGUAAACAACAAUACUGACCAUCCAACAAGGCCUGAGGGUGCCACCUGCCCCAUAAACAUUCAGAAAGCUUCACAUCUCAAGACCUUGUCACCCAUUGCCCCCUAUGGAGAGAUUUUCUUGUACAAUUCAGCAGAAAACAAACCGGAUAUGGACAAAGACAUAAUGUCCAAUCAAGAUAGAAAGGAGAACCUGGAGGAAAAUAAUUUGAGGAAAAAACAGACAAGGUCUAAAGAAAAACUGGACAACAACAACAAGCAAGAACUUUCCAAGCAACAUUGUGUCGUUGAUGAUGAUGAUGAUGAUUACUCCACCGUUCAAGCAUUUACGCUCGAGUCAGCCAAUGAAAGCUCUUUCAAGGAACCUCCUAAGCUUCUCACCAACUCUGGACAAUCAGCUGUAGCUCAGUUACAAACAGAUGUGAAUGACAUAUACAGUAUUCCCCUGGAGGACUUUUCAGACCUAGCAACACACAAUAAAGAAGUUUCCAUUUCACCCUAUGCCUGCUUUUAUGGGGCUCCCAAGACGGCUAAAAAAACAGGCUGGCUGGACAAACUCUCUCCUCAAGGGAACUGCGUAUUUCAAAGAAGAUGGGUGAAGCUUGAAGGAGGAAAUCUCACUUACUACAACAGCGAUAAGGAGAUGUACUCAAAGGGCCUGAUCCCCAUUUCAGCAAUGAAACAGGUUCGUCCUCUGGGUGAGAAUAAGUUGGAGGUGGUCACCUCCGUGAGAACCUUUGUGUUUCGAGCGGAGAAAGAAGGAGAACGUCAGGAUUGGCUAGAGGUUCUUCAGUCGGCAGUGAGCUCCCAGUUUUCCGUUUCCCAUCAUCCUCAGAAAGAAAACACAAACAAGAACGGCUACGUCGAACUGCGUGGCCUCAAAGGAAAAGUCUACCUCAGCCUCAUGAGAACCAGCUUCAGAAUCAGCAAAACAGACCAGGACUUUAUCGCUGGACUGGCCAUUUCUGCGGUGGAUCUGACUGCUGCGUGCGUGAAGCAGGUUGAGAAAAAAGGCUUUGAGAUUACUACACCUUUCAAAUCCUUCUGUUUUACAGCAGAGUCAGAGCGUGAGAGGGAGGAAUGGAUGGACGCAGUUCAGGAGUCUAUUGUGGAGUCCUUGUCCAAUUACGAGGUUCUGGAGAAGGUUUGGUUCAACAAGUCCAACAGAAAGUGUGCUGACUGUCAGGUCCCUGAGCCAGAAUGGGCAUCCAUUAACCUCUGCGUGGUCAUCUGCAAGAAUUGUGCUGGUCAACAUCGGUUUUUGGGUCCUGGUAUCUCAAAGGUCCGCAGCAUAAAGUUAGACAGCAGCAUAUGGACCAACGAGCUCAUCGAGCUGUUUUUAGAGGUUGGGAAUAAAAAGUCGAACAGCUUCUGGGCAGCAAAUCUUCCCCCAGAGGAAGAGCUUUGCAAGCAGCCAUCGCCGGAGCAGCGAGCAUCCUUUAUUCGCAGAAAGUACAAGGAGAGGAAGUACAAGAAAGUUCUGGAAGGUCUAAACACCCAGGAGGAACUCAACAAGGCCCUUUGUGUUGCGGUGCUUCUUCCUGACGUCCUGCAGACCAUAACCCUGGUUUUUAGUGGGGCAGAUGUGAUGUGUGCGACAGGUGACCCUGAGCACUCCACGCCAUACCUCCUCGCUCAGAAAGCCGGACAUAGACUGCAGAUGGAGUUCCUCCACCACAACAAGCUUUCAGAUUUUCCUAAACUGGAGGCAGUUUGUGAUAGCAGUUUUCUGGCUGAUGUUCCCUCUUUCAUGGAUGGAUUUCUCUACUGCUCUGUGAAUUCAGGCAAGUCCACUCUGGACCGUAAAGGAAGACCCGAUAUAGUCCGGCGUUGGUGCACGUUGGAAGGAGGGUUUCUCAGUUACUAUGACAACGAGAAGAUCGCCACACCUAUCGGCCGGGUUGACACCAGUGAUAUAGUGAGCCUGGCCAUCAACCACACUGAGAGCAUCACAGAAACAGGGCCAGUGUUCACCUUUGAGUUAUACCUGCAGUCUCAGAAAGUGUUGGUUUUCGGAGCGGAGACCGCAGACGCACACAGAGGUUGGACGCAUGCCAUCGCCAAGCGUUUUGUCCCCGCAAGGGCAGAUUCUCUGCUGACGGAGGACAGCGAGCUUAUUGGCCGGCUGUACUAUAAAGAGGGUCAUGACCUUUAUCAUUGGAGAAUAGGAUGGUUCGCUCUGGUGGGCUCAGAGCUCUACAUGUCCUCUGGAGAUGAAGAUAAGGAGGAGGGAGUCCUUCAACUUAAACGCCUGCAGGAGCUUACUGUGUCCACUCACAUGGAAGGUGAUGAGAAAAUUCAAGUCUUACUCAUGGUUGAGAGUGGAAGAACACUUUACUUACAUGGCGUAACCAAGCAGGACUUUGCACUGUGGCAUUCUGCCAUCCAGUUAGCAGCUAGGACGGACGGUACGGCUCUCAGUAACCAGCAAAUGAAUAAAAAUGAUGUUCCUAUCAUCGUGGAUAGCUGCAUAGCUUUUGUCACUCAAUACGGCUUGUGUUAUGAGGGAAUCUACCAGAAGAACGGUGAUCCGGUGCGUGUGGCCCAGCUACUGGAGGUGUUUACAAAAGAUGCCCGAGUUGUUAAGCUACGGGCUAAGGACCACCGGCUAGAAGAUGUUACAGAUACACUUAAAAGCUUCUUGUCCAACAGUGAAGAUGCACUUUUGGCUAAGGAACUGUACCCUUUCUGGAUAUCUGCUCUUGAUGAAAAGGACGAGAAAGCCAGAGUUCAGAAAUAUAAGUCCUACAUACAAAGUUUACCCAAGGUCAACAGGUCAACUCUUGGUGCCCUACUGCAACAUUUGUACAGGAUCCAAAGGUGUUCCCACAUUAACCAGAUGAACACGCUGAAGCUGGCAUGUGUUUUCUCCUCGUGUCUGUUUCAAACAGAAGGACGCACCCCUCAGGAGACUCGUGUGGUGGAGGACCUCAUCAACAAUUACAUCCAGCUCUUCUCUGUCAAUGAAGAGCAGGUUAGGCAAAUGGAGAAAGAAAACAGCUUUAUCACCAGAUGGAAGGACACUACGUUUUCUCCCGCCGGCGAUCUGAUAUUUGAGGUCUACUUGGAAAAAAAGGAGCCAGAAAAGUGCUGUUUAAUUAAGGUUUCUCCCAACAUGCGGUCAGAUGAGCUUACUAUGAACACUUUGGAGAUGAAGGGCGUGGAGGUCAGAGCUCAGGACCUCUGGACCACCUUUGAGGUCAUUGAAAAUGGAGAGCUGGAGCGGCCCUUACACUACAAAGAGAAGAUUCUGGAGCAGCUAUUGGAGUGGAGCUCUCUGGAGGAUCCCAGCUCGGCCUUCCUGCUCAUCAAAAAGUAUUCUGGAUUCAAAAUGACAGACUCCAAUUCAGACAAACUGAAAGAUUUCAUUAAAGGAGAGCAACUUAAGUUCAAAGACGGCUCAUCCAAACUGCUGUCAGGGAAUAAAUUUCAGGACCGAUAUCUGGUACUUCAGGACAAGAAACUGCUGUUGUACAAAGACAUAAAAAGUACCAAGCCAGAAAGAGAGACUCAGCUGAAGUCUGUUAAAUGUUACUUAGGGUUACGAAGGAAGUUAAAAGCAACAAGCAGUUGGGGAUUCACUGUUUAUACUGAAAAGCAGCAGUGGUAUUUCUGCUGUAAAGGGAAUGAAUCUCAGCAAGACUGGGUCGCCUCCAUUAUCAGAGUGAAGCAUGGAUGUGACUUAUGGUCUAAAGACCUGAAGCAGAGCUCAUCAUUACCUUUCAACCUAAGCAGAGGAAGAACAUCGACGUACAGCACCGCUCCGACCUUCUCAGCCAAAUACAAAAGAGAGGUUAAAGGGAAGUCGGUCCUCACUACAAGCCGAGAAGGUUCAAAUACAGAGAAACAAAUGACCACCAACGAGGGCAACCAACCAGACUCUACUCAUAAAUUGGCUGCCAGUGAAGAAGCUCAGUUCGAGUCCAUGCCGGAAAUGGUGAUUGAUCACACACUCGUAUCAAAGCGAAGAGCAUCGCUUCAACAGGACCUCAGUACUCUCUCCCAAAUAUCUCAGAGGAAAGUCUUGCCUGGCAGAGGAGCGCAGUUGCCUCAGAACCUCAUUAAUGAACUAAGUAGUGUCCUGAACAAAACGGGGCGCUAUCCAAAAGAAAACGAUUAAAGACAACGGACACAAAACGACUUGUCUAUGGCUCUCAGAGGAUCAAGAGGGGAUAAGGAUUGGUUAACAAAAAAAAAACGUUGACCAAUAAGAUACAAGCUCUAUUAUAUUCAAACCUUCUGCACUUUGAAAUAGCCAAAGCACACCACAGUUGCUUACUUAAACAGUACGUUAUUAAAUAAUGUGCUACUCAUUGUUAUUUAAAAAAAAGGCUUAUAAGUGUAAUAUAAGAAAAAAAAUGAUCUUAUUGAGGGAAAUUUGACCUUGAGAUGUAAAGAAUAAGUUUGUAUAUACAGUAGGUCAAUCAUUCGCUCUGUAUGAUUUUUUUUGCUGGAUUUAUCACAUUAAGCCAUGUUCCCUUAAUUUAUUUAAAAAGUUAUUCAGUAUUAGUGAACUUUAAAUACUUUGCAUUGUAACCUGCACUUGGUUUAAAAAAACACUACCAGACAAUAUUGAUCCAACAUCAUUGAUCUAUUUAGAACAGACGCACUUUUAUCAUUUUAAGAAAGCGGUUGUUUUUCCAUGAGCAGGAUUAGUCAUUAUGUUGGUUUUAAUCUUGAUCGUCUAGCAGGCCUUUUUCUGGCUGACUAUCAAGAGAAUCUGGUGUCCUUUUAUACUUGGAUACAAAAAUAACUCACUAUUCCAAAGCUCCAACGUUCUUGAAUAAUGCAUCAUAGUACGAGAGCGUACACACUGGAUAUUGUCGCCCAGUUGGAUAUUAAAUAUUUAUAGUCGACAUUUUAUGUAGAUUAUGAAUCACUUAACGGUCGACCGAACCUCGUGUUCUUUUAAAGUUUGUAAUCGCGCACUUGUGCCAGUCGUGAAAACUUUAAACACGCAAAGGUCGGCGUAACGUGUAAAUAAAAAGCCAAAUGUCAGUUGCUAAAUAGUUUUUAUAUACUGUAAGGUUUCUGUGGCUGUAUAUGUUUUGUGUCACAAGUGCUAAUGAAUUUAAUACGUUUACUUUUCUGUGUAUUUGUACUCCUCUGUUUAUAUAAAUAUUCUGGAGAAUUGCUAAUUUUUUAUAUGUCUUGUCAUAAAAAUAUGCUGCUGCUGUUACUUUUCAGUUUGAUAUGUUUUUAUUGUGUCUGUUUGAUGUGAUUUACUGUUUCUAAUAAGCAAGGGGGUGUUAGUGACACCCGUGUCAUCUCCCUUAUUAAACUUUUUAUGCUUAAACUAGAGUUUUUAUAAAUGACAUCAGUCAGACGUUGACACCUUCAGCACUGCCACAUGUUACGGUUUUGAUUUAAACACGUCACCUGUG